GACGCAGGAGGAGGCGAGCGCAGGGACCAUCGAGAGAUUCCUCUCCGCCAUUAUUGCUGCUGUCUGUCCGAAUGAAUCCAUAAAAGACAAACAAACAAGAAGAGACGAGAGAAGAAUUUCGGCAGCCCAACGAGGAAAGAAAGCAGAGAAGCUUGGGUUCUCCUCUCCCUCAUCUUAAAGACCUCUUCGACGUCGGCCUUCAUCUUCCUGCUGCUCUUCUUCCUUUUUCUUGAUCAAAGGUGAGGUUUUUUUCGGAAGGGGGUGAAUGGUUGGGGAGAGAGGGAGGGGCGGAGAUCUGUCGGUGGCGGCGGGCGGGUGGUGGUCCGACGAGAUGAGUGGCCAUGGAUGCAGGCAGAUGGAGGCCGAGUUCGUGCGUCGGUACCACCGCCACCAGCCGAGAGAGAACCAGUGCAGCUCCACUCUCGUCAAGCACAUCAAGGCCCCCGUCCAUCUCGUGUGGUCACUAGUGAGGAGAUUUGAUCAGCCGCAGAAAUACAAACCCUUUGUGAGCAGAUGUGUGGUGCAGGGUGAUCUGGAGAUUGGGAGCGUUCGAGAAGUCAAUGUCAAGUCAGGGCUCCCGGCCACCACCAGCACCGAGCGUUUGGAACUCCUUGAUGACGACGAACACAUCCUUAGCAUCAAGAUUGUUGGAGGAGAUCAUAGACUCAGGAAUUACUCUUCUGUUAUAACAGUCCACCCUGAGGUAAUUGAUGGGAGACCAGGGACUCUGGUAAUCGAGUCGUUUGUGGUUGACGUGCCUGAUGGGAACACCAAGGAUGAGACGUGCUACUUUGUGGAGGCCUUGAUCAAGUGCAACCUCAAAUCUUUGGCCAAUGUGUCCGAGCGACUGGCAGAACGCCACGGAAGCGGUUGACUGAUUAUAAGUCGACUAGAGGUAGGUGGAGGAAAUGUACAUAGCUGCAGGCAUGGAUGCUUUGAGGCUGAUCCAGUACUUCUUUAACCCUUUAAAAUUGGAUGGUGGAGGGAUUCCUUAGUGUUUUACUGGCUCAAGAACCUCUACUUUCUCGACCUCUUUAUCUCCAUCAUCUGCCUAAACUGAAGGUUUGCAGUAGUAGGCCUCCCUGUUAUCACUGGCUUUCCUGUAUCAGGCUGUGGUGCUACGUGCAAUAUAAUGUAGCUGAAUUGGUCACUAUGUGCUUUUGGUAAAGGCCGUCUACACCAUGUCACAGAAGCUUAAAUAUGUUUCUGUAAAAACGGGGAAGAGGACGGUUUUCUUGCGUGUUAUUGUGCAUUAUGGAGGCAUGUGGAUGUAUGCACUAGACUAUAUUCUAUUCUAUUUUAUGAACAGAAGAAACCUUCAGGACAUGCUUUUGUUUUGUUA